CUCUAUCCUAUAGAUAAGCGCGCAAAGGCACACUGCUUCUGAAUAAAAACAAUCCUCGCUCACUGUCUUCUCUACUCUCUCUGUGUCUAUCAAUUCACUGUUAUAUGUAUUGAGCUACAUACAUAUGUAUAUAUAUAUAUAUAUAUAAAUAGAGAGAGAGAGAGAACGAGAAGGCCAUGGAUGCGUUCGCUAUUCAUCUGGCGAUGGCGGCUUUAGUCGGAGCUUCGUUCGUGGCGGUAUCGGCCUAUUACAUGCACCGCAAAACCCUAAGUCAGUUGCUGGAGUUCGCGAAGGCGGUGGAGAGAGAAAGAGAGGACGGCGAGGAAGAGCUCGGCCGUGACGACUCGCCGGAGCAUUUCAAGAAGUACGUCGAGAAGCGGCGAAGCCACGGCGGCCGGAGAAAGGGGAAUGGCUAUUACCGCCGUGUAUCGGCAUUGAUGCCGGACGUUGUGGCGAUUUCCGGUUAUGUUGUCGAUGGCGUUGAGGUCGGGUUGCCGAGGCUGCAGACGCUUCCUGAAGGAAAACCUGCUGGCCAUGUGGGUUCAACCAAAAGAACUGGGCAUCUACUUAAACCAACUUCUCCCAAGUCUCCGGUUGCCAGUGCCAGUGCUUUUGAAAGUGUGGAAGAAUCAGAUGAUGAAGAUAAUAUGACUGACAAUGCUAAACUAAAUACGUAUAUUCAUACUAACGGAAAUGCUGGUCCAGGGUGUAAUAGCAUGUUCCAGGAUGUACCAAACAACAAUAAUGCGAAUGGAGAGCAAAUUGCUAUAGCCGCAUCAAGUAUGAUCCGUACACAUAGUGUAUCUGGUGAUCUGCAUGGUGUUCAGCCUGACCCCGUGGCAGCUGAUAUUCUUAGGAAGGAGCCAGAGCAUGAAAUUUUUGUUCGACUUAACCUUAGCCCUAAUGAGGCACCGCCAUCACUUGAGGAAGCGGAUGUCUAUAGGAAUCUGCAAGCUUGCCUUGAACUGCGACGAAGUUACGUAUUUAGGGAAGUUAUUGCUCCAUGGGAGAAAGAAGUUAUAUCCGAUCCGAGCACGCCGAAGCCUAAUCCAAAUCCAUUUGAUUACACCUCUCAGGGAAAAUCCAAUCAUUAUUUUGAGAUGGAAGAUGGAGUAGUUCACGUUUAUGCAAAUAAAGAUUCAAAAGAGAAGCUUUUUCCGGUUGCUGAUGCAACAACCUUUUUCACCGACCUGCAUCACAUUCUUAAAGUAAUAGCAGCUGGGAACAUCCGAACAUUAUGUCAUCAUCGGCUGGGUCUUUUGGAACAAAAAUUCAAUCUUCAUUUGAUGCUUAAUGCGGAUAGGGAGUUCCUAGCUCAGAAAAGUGCACCGCAUCGUGACUUUUAUAAUGUCAGGAAAGUUGACACACAUGUUCAUCACUCAGCUUGCAUGAACCAGAAACAUCUUUUGAGGUUUAUAAAGUCAAAGUUGAGGAAGGAGCCAGAUGAGGUUGUUAUAUUUCGAGAUGGGACAUAUUUGACAUUGAAAGAGGUUUUCGAGAGUUUGGAUUUAACUGGGUAUGACCUGAAUGUCGACCUUUUAGAUGUUCAUGCUGACAAGAGUACCUUUCAUCGUUUUGACAAAUUCAACUUAAAGUAUAAUCCCUGUGGUCAAAGUAGGCUAAGGGAGAUUUUCCUUAAGCAAGAUAACCUUAUCCAGGGUCGUUUCCUGGCUGAGCUGACAAAGCAAGUUUUUUCAGAUCUUGAUGCAAGUAAAUAUCAGUUUCUGUUGUUACAGAUGGCUGAAUACAGGAUAUCGAUAUAUGGUAGAAAGAUGAGUGAGUGGGAUCAAAUGGCAAGUUGGAUAGUGAAUAAUGAAUUGUACAGUAAUAAUGUUGUUUGGCUUAUUCAGCUUCCGCGAUUGUACAAUGUGUACAAGGAAAUGGGAAUUGUGACAUCAUUUCAGAACAUUCUUGAUAAUAUCUUUCUUCCUCUGUUUGAGGUUACUGUUGAUCCAGAUUUGCACCCUCAGUUGCAUGUUUUCUUGAAACAGGUUGUUGGGUUGGAUUUGGUGGAUGACGAAAGCAAGCCUGAAAGACGCCCCACAAAACAUAUGCCCACACCGGCUCAGUGGACUAAUAUAUUCAAUCCUGCAUUCUCAUACUAUGUGUACUACUGUUAUGCAAAUCUUUACACUUUAAAUAAGCUUCGUGAGUCAAAGGGCAUGACAACUAUUAAAUUCCGUCCACAUUCAGGGGAGGCCGGCGAUAUCGACCACCUUGCUGCAACAUUUCUUACGGCUCAGAAUAUUUCUCACGGAAUCAAUUUGAGGAAAUCUCCUGUACUUCAAUAUUUGUAUUACUUGGCUCAGAUUGGUCUGGCCAUGUCUCCUCUGAGCAACAACUCCUUAUUUUUGGACUACCAUCGAAACCCUUUACCUAUGUUUUUCUUAAGGGGCCUCAAUGUUUCCCUUUCUACUGAUGAUCCGCUACAAAUCCACUUGACCAAAGAGCCCUUGGUGGAAGAAUACAGUAUUGCUGCAUCUGUUUGGAAGUUGAGUUCAUGUGACCUAUGUGAAAUAGCCCGUAACUCAGUCUACCAAUCAGGUUUCUCACAUGCUCUGAAGUCCCACUGGAUUGGGAAGGAGUAUUACGAGAGAGGACCUAAUGGAAAUGAUAUUCACAAGACAAAUGUGCCACAUAUACGGCUGGAAUUCCGUGAUAUGAUAUGGAGAGAGGAAAUGCAAAAAGUUUAUCUGGGGAAUGCCAAUUUUCCUAAAUACAGAGACCCAUAAUGCGCUUAGCUUGUACAUUUGCAGAUUCACCAUUUCUUACAUUUCCAGAGGGCAGGGCAAAAAGCAGAGGCCAUACCAUGGAGAUCAGUGGCUGAUGUAAAUGAAAAUGCAGUCUUGAUGUCUUCAGCAUUUCAGGAAGAGCUUUGGGCCACAAUAAAAGACUAGAGAGCCAGCUAGUUUCAACCUGGUACAUAUAAGCAUAAAACUACGCUAAGUUAUUUUAGUUUUUAAAUGUUAUCAAUGACAAAAUAAUACAUCAUUAGUGGAUUUUGUAUUAUAACGAUUAUCAUCGCCAAGUAAAAUUUAUUUGCUUAAA